AUGCGUCAACUACACGCCGAGAGGUUCCUUAAUAAAUGUCCUCCAACCAAUCAUAAUAACAACCCCGAAGUCGAAGUCAAACAUCAAGAGCCUAAACUGGUGCAGACCGCUAACCAAGUCGACCUUGACAUGAAUCCGCCAUCCACAGAACCGCUUCACGACAAUGGGCCGUUCUUGAUGGAAGAGCGGCAACAAGAUCCUCUCCAGGACACCAUGGCUGGUGAUAGACAGGCCGAUCCUCUUGAUGUUAGACUCCAAACAGACCGGUGCAUGCGUCAACAAAGUGCAGGAUCAGUUGCAAUCCUGUAUCGUCAAUCUACAGCAGCGACUAGCCACAACCUCUCGAAACCUCAAAGAGGCCCACACUCAACUGGCCGAGUGCCAGACAUAACUCAAAGCGCACGCAGGACAGAAAUUCCAGUGAUCGAAAAAGCGAAUGCGGGAGCUACUUAUUAA